AGAAAUGUUGGAGCAUAUGUCAUCAUCACAAAAUUGCAAGGUUCAAAAAUACUGUUCAGGUAGGUCCCCCACAUCUGACCACCAAGAAAGACAUGUCGAUGACCCAAUUCGUUAUAAUGGUGAUACAGAAAAGCAAGCACAAAUUGGGAUUGUUUGUAUUAUUGGCAGCCCCUCAUUCCUUCCUAGAUUAAGGCGACAGCAUGCACCAAGGUCAGUGCCAGACCCUGUUGAAAAUGGGCUCCCCAAAAUUCACCGUCCUAUUUAUGAGCGGCAAAAUGAGGGAGGCGGUGAAGAUUCUCCAAAUAUUCCUGGGGGAGGGACGGGUGGCAGAAUUAUCCCAACAGUUUGACUGAAAAAAAGAAAUUUCUCCACACACACAAAAGCACCUCUUAGUGAAACUUUAUCAUUAGUUUGUAGCAGAGGACAAAGGAAGCUUAUGGCCUAAGAAAGGACUGGAAGGAUGUUUCUGUUCCCCCUCCUAUGAAUGGAGCAAUUGCAGCAGAACUUUGGUCACCGCGAUCUUGCUGAAAUAUCAGCACACAAUUUGGGACACAAGCAUUUUGGUUUCAUCAUGAUUUCCUGUCACUUCAACAUUCUGUUUUUCUUCCUUUUCCUGGUGUAUCCGCUUUCACUGGCUGCAGUCUUCUUAAAGCAUGAGGAAGCAAGCAAUGUGCUACAAAGGAGUAAGAGAGCCAACACCAUCUUUGAAGAGUUGAAAGUGGGAUCACUGGAACGAGAAUGCAUGGAAGAGAAAUGUUCAUUUGAGGAAGCCAGAGAAAUCUACAAAGAUAGUGAAAGGACUAUGGAAUUCUGGAAACAAUACACAGAUGCUAAUGAGUGUGACUCCAACCCUUGUCAGAAUGGUGGGACUUGUCAUGAUGAGUACCAGAAGUACAAUUGUUACUGUCCUGAAGAUUAUGAGGGCAGAAACUGUGAAAUUGGCCCAGAAGCCAGACUGAAGUGCAUUUAUGACAACGGCAACUGUGAGCAUUAUUGCAUCGAUAUCCCAAAUGCAGUACGACAGUGUUUCUGUGCAGAGGGAUAUAGGCUGGGAAGUGAUAAAGAAUCUUGUAUCCCAGAAGUUGAUUAUCCUUGUGGGAAAAUACCACUUCUGGCCAAAAAAAGGGAGGACCGACAGGGAAGAAUCGUAGGUGGUUAUACCUGUCCUCCAGGUGAAUGCCCAUGGCAAGCUCUCAUGAUAGAAGGUCAAAGGCAGAGGUGUGGAGGUGUUCUGAUUGCUCCAUCAUGGGUAGUUACUGCAGCCCACUGCUUCUCACAAACACGCCGCGAAACACUCAGGAUAAAGCUGGGUAAAUACAGGAUAGACCAGGAAGAAGAAGGUGAACAGGAAAGAAGAGUUGCUAAAAUCAUAAUCCAUGAAAAGUAUUCUCCCAAAAAAGUUGAAAAUGACAUUGCCUUGUUGCAGUUAGCGACACCUGUCAAUUUCACAGAUUACGUGGUGCCCAUAUGCUUGCCUCAGCAGCGGUUUGCUGCAGAUGUGCUGAGCUUCAUUGAAUACUCCACAGUGAGUGGAUGGGGGCGUCUCUUAGAAGGCGGGGCUACGUCAGCCACACUUAUGCAAGUGAGACUCGUCAAAAUGCAUAGGAAAGAAUGUGCUCAGCACACUAACUUAAAUAUUACAAAGAACAUGUUCUGCGCAGGAUACCUUGAUGGGAGUCGAGACUCUUGUGAAGGUGACAGCGGUGGGCCUCACGCCACUGAGUACAGGAACACGUGGUUUCUAACAGGGAUCGUGAGCUGGGGUAAAGGCUGUGCGGCAAUGGGCACAUACGGAGUUUACACCAAUGUCGUAGAAUACAUUGGGUGGCUAAACAAUCACAUGCAGAAUACCUCUAGCACUGCAGUUGUACAUACACCCUCUCAGAAUUAAGGCCUGUUGAGUUCAAUGGGAUUUAAUCACAGAUAAAUGUACACAGCAUUGCAGCCUUCAUUAGCACUUUCCUUGGUUUUUUUUUUGACACUUGUUUUUCAGCAUUCUUCGAGCAUCGUAUAUCAAUUAAAGGCUAUAUACUGAAUUAACACUUCCUUUUAUACAUUUUCACAAGUUUAUUCUUCAGUAUUAUUUUUAACAUUGCGACCAGGAAGGGAGCAUACGCUGUUUAUAAUUGUAGUGUAAUCUUUAACAUUUUUCACUUACAACAAGAAAAAUAAGAAUUUGAUUUGAUUCUUGCAGUCUUAAAAGUUUCAGUACAAAAAAAA